GAAACGGUUCUCUGCUCUCCACGUGGUUUCAGCGUUCUUCAAGAGAUGUCACUCUGUGUUACGUUGUUACGGAAACGAUGUGGACGUAUUGUUGUAAUAUCCGGCGUGUAAUUACAUUUUGGGAACCUGCGCAUGCGGACUGGAAGUGAGGGAAGAACUGAAUAAACAGACAGUGCGUAAAGAAAUAAGUCUCGGAAAUGGAAGAAAUCCUUUUUUUGUUCAAAUUUGGCUCUAAACAAAAUUCGUAACAGUGUAUCUUAGCAUCUGAAAUUCUUGUCCAAACUGUCCGUGAUCUGCGAUAAAUAAUUCUCAAUGUAUGCACAAAUUUUGUGAAUUUACAGAUGUUUCAAGACGGUAUGAUUUAUUUUGCUUUAUAGACUGGUUUAUAGGUUAUGUUUUCGGUAUUUCAGGAAAGUUGAAAUUUGAUAAUUGCAUGAAUUAUUCAUGCUAAUAACCUUUAAAUAAUUUGAAAAGAAUUGAAGUGAAAGCGAUGUAAGUGAACAUGAAAGAGUAUGCUCCUGUGAUCGAAGUUACGAAAAGAACCUAGGCAUAAUUAAAGUGAUGUCGCGCAUUAAAAUGAUGGUUUUGAUUUAAAAUAUACAACAGAUAUGGAGUGCAAAUAUUCAUAGAACAGACAGUAAAUAGAUCAUUAAAGAAAGGACAUUUUCGUGUCUACUAUCUAGAAUAAAAUUCUGCUCCAAAAACGAAUACUGGCUGUUCGAAAGAGGGAUAUUUCAGCAUUAAUUUUAAAAAAGAAGAAGGAAAGUGUUCACUGGCACUUCAGUUUCACCGAUAUCCUUCAGCUUCACAAGGGCAUUUCAACUUCGCGGGAAUACUUCCGCUUCACGUGGUCACGUCAGUUUCCCUGGGACACUUCAGCUUCACGUGAACACUUCAGUAUCACGGCUACCCUUCAGCUUCACGUGCAUACUUCAGUUUCACGGGGAGACUUCAGCUUCAGGUGAACACUUCAGUAUCACGGCUACCCUUCAGCUUCACGUGUACACUUAGUUUCACGGCUACCCUUCAGCUUCACGUGUAUACUUCAGCUUCACGGGGAGACUUCAGUUUCACGGCUACCCUUCAGUUUCACGUGUACACUUAGUUUCACGGCUACCCUUCAGCUUCACGUGCACACUUCAGCUUCACGGGGAGACUUCAGUUUCACGGCUACCAUUAAGCUACACGGGGAGACUUCAGCUUCACGUGCACACUUAGUUUCACGGCUACCCUUCAGCUUCACUGGGACACUUCAGCUUCACGUGAACACUUCAGUAUCACGGUUACCCUUCAGCUUCACGUGCAUACUUCAAUUCCACGACUACCCUUCAGCUUCACGGGGAGACUUCAGUUUCACGGUUACCCUUCAGCUUCACUGGGAUACUUCAAAUUUAAGGAGACGUGUUGGAACAGAUACUGUGGACAAAUUAAUGGGAAAGUGUGAGGAAGAAGACGGCUGUAUUUUAUUACGUAGUGUUAUCUGAAAAUUGGUCUGAAAGCCUCAAAAGAACCGCCAGCAAGCAAGAUUCAAAUUCUGUACCUUAAGACCACCAGUCUGACAGAGAAGCGAUAUUGCAAAAUGGCAGCAAUAUAAACGUCACGAUGUCUCGGUCUUUCCUAGUGGAUUCUCUCAUCGGCAAUCCGUCCCCCGUCCCUACCAGACAGUGCACCCAAGGGGCACCACUGCUACCCCCAGCGGGGUCUCCGCCCUUCAGCAGCUAUCUGUUCUCUCUGGGUCUACCCCGGCCCCCUGUAUACGGAGCACCAAAACUAGGGAUACCUUCGGGGUACCCCCUGUACUGCAAUGUGACCAGCGUCGUCAGACCGAUGCCCAGGCCACACGACGUUCCCGUGACGUCACAUAGUACUCCAUCAGAGGCUCAGGUGACAUCAUGUUCACCGAUCAGUGGCGGUGCCACCACAGCAAGUCGCAGUCCGAGCCCCGUGGUUGAACGCCAGAAGACAAGCAGUGGCGGUUCGUGCAAGCGCAUCCGAACGGCAUUUACAAGCACACAGCUCCUGGAGCUGGAGAGAGAGUUUGCCUCUAACAUGUACCUGUCACGCCUGCGCAGAAUUGAGAUUGCGUCUUGCCUCAGGCUCUCGGAGAAACAGGUUAAGAUCUGGUUUCAAAAUAGGCGCGUAAAGUACAAGAAGGAAGAGGACGGCUCAGGGGGCCAGGGGCCCCGUUGUUGCUGCCUCAGGACAUGUUCCACGGCCAACAGAAAGCCAGCGUCUCGGCACAGUCAUGGCAACAGCGCACAGACUCAUGAUUCGUGACGCAAAGUGAUGUGGGCCCCGAAUUUGGGAUUCCAUGCAAUACAGGAAGUUACUCAGUAACUUGCCUGUAAGUCCACAAGUGUUCCUGUGUUGUAAUGAAUCAUUCUGACACUACUGUUUCGUUGCGAAGUGCAUUUCCAGGGACUUGAAACACCAAUGACUGUUGUUACGACGAGUGCGUUAGACCGGCGCCACCUUAUUUAUUUUUCUGUUACACUGAACUGAGUCACGUGCCUUUUAGCGCCAUCUUGCCUUUGUGAAAAACAGUUUAUCCUUUAUUUUUGUACCUAGCAGCUGGAAGUUGUCUUAUUUAUA